AUGUUGUUGUUUGAGGGUGAACCCUUCUUGUUUAUACUCUUUGCUCUGUUCACCCUGAGUUUCCUCAUUGGUGGAUGUUCCUGGGGUCAAGGCGAGGACGAGGGAGACGAGCCCCGAAAAAUCGCCGGCAUAGUUGUCUUCUUCUUUGGAGUAGCCUGCUGUGUCCUCUUCAUCAUCCUCUUCACCUACAAGAAGAUCCGGAAGAGGCAAAAGGAGAGGAAGGACUUUGAGGAGCUUAUGCGAAUGCAAAACGAGUUUGCUGACAAUGAUGCCUUCCAAUCGGACGAGCACGAUCAACCUCAACAGCAGGAGGUAUAG